ACAGUGCGUACCUCGUAUGCAUGACUGAUAAGAGUGGAAUUUGACUCACGACAAUAUGUUUUCAAUGGAAGCGCAAUCACGCAAAUCAAGACGUGCAAUCCAGUUGAGUUGAGGGCGGGGGAGUCGAGUGGGCUCCCGGGUGACGUGCAGGCCCCAACAGGGCGGUGUUCUCCGGCCCAGAAAAAGUCCGACUGGGGCGUGAGAGCCACAUCUGGAAUAGCAGCGAGCGAGCACGACGACGACGACGACGACGACUUCGACAGGAGCCAACGACGAGUCCAGCAGUUUUCACGGAAACGUUGACUUUGUAAAUACUUGAAAAUGCUGCUCAUCCUGCUCGGAGUGCUGAUCUUGCACCUCAUCAUCCUCAUCCUUCUCAUUGUGUCCACAUCAGCAAGUGCCUGGAGCGUCGGGAGCGACGUCAGCAAGGACCUGUGGUACAACUGCCUGACCAAAAGCAACCUCUACCAGUGCGCCGCGGCCAGCAACGAAGAUUGGAUCCAGGCGGUGCAGGCCCUGAUGAUCUUGGCCGUGCUCUUCUGCUUCUUCUCGCUGGUGGCGUUCGUCUUCCAGCUGUUCAAACUGGUGAAGGGCGGCCGCUUCUUCUUCACCGCCAUCUUCCAGAUCUUGGCCAGUCUGUUCGUGAUGUGCGGCGCCAUCAUCUACACGGUGAUGAGGUCGGAGGACACGCCCGGCUUGCAGUUCGGGUACGCCUACGUGCUGGCCUGGGUGGCGUUCCCGCUCUGCCUCAUCAGCGGCCUCAUCUACAUCGUGCUGAGGAAGAAGGAGUGAGCGAGGGCGCGGCGGCCGGCCGAAGGAGGAGGGCGGAAGGAGUCGUGAACGGAGGAGGAGAAGAAGAAGAAGAAAAGGGGAGGCGUCGCACUGUGCCUACUGCCCACAGACCAACAACAAAAAGACUGACAUCACUAGCGGACGACAAAAGACUUGUCGUGACUUGCGUACAGUACAAAUAUGUACAUAGCGUCUGUGGUUUUUAGACAUAUUUAUAGCAUUUUUACAUUACGUGUUGUACAUAGUGUUGUUAACAUCGUUGUUACGAAGAGCGUGUGUGUCUCUCACACGUCAUGCAGCUGUGCCAAAGAAGUGUUGCUUCGUCCGCCAAAUAGUUAGCUUUCUCUUUUAUUGUUGUGAUUGUUUUUUUUUUUUUUUUUUUUUUUUUUAAUGCUUUGAAUAAUGUGCCUUAGCUUUGAAAAGGUUGUACUUCCCGAUGGAACUCAUAGCAUUGUGUUUACUUGAUACUCCAAAUAAAAAUGUUGCAUUUUAGUUUUGAUAAAAUGGUGCUUUUUUUUCUUCUUGUUUUUCAAAAAAAUGUAUAGCCUCUUUGGUGUUUGUGUAGCCACUCGUCCUGUGAUUAAUUCGCUUUGUGUACGCACAAAGUAUUGUCAGUAUUCAUCUAAAUAAACCUUCACUUUGUUGUAAACGCAUGUCGGUAAAUGCGUAUUUGAUGUUAGUGUCCAAACAUUGAAGGACAAGGUACAUUUGUAAAGUGGCUCAGCAUCUUUUGACCGUUUCUACAUGAAAAUUGUGGAAUGUUCACGGGGAAAAAAUAGCUACUUGGAAUGUUUUGAUGGGAAAUAUGAAAGGGUGAUUUCAAUUUGGAUUGUGUCAAUUUUUCUGAUUAAAGGCCUCCAUUUUCAUGUCCAGAUAGUUCUGUUACGAUGUCGAUUGUACAAAAUGCAUGCAACUAAUAAAAAAAUGUUUCAUAAGA